UGAGGUGAGUUUGUAGAAAGCAGAAAGAAAUGAUGAGAUGUGCAUGCGUUAACGGUGGUUCCGUUAUUCUUCAACCAUCAUCAUCUUCUUCAACAAUUCGAUUUCAAUUUCAACAACAACAACGUUAUCUAAAUCUUGUUCGUUCUCAUUCCUUAUCCUCUUUCUCUCUUAACGUUACACCGCACAACACUGAACAACUUCAACUCUCUUCUUCUUUCUCCAACGACGCGGUUUUACUUCCAAUUCAAGAACAAGAACAACAACAAUCAUCUCCUCCAACUCCAGAUGAAGAUAAAUCCACUACCAAGCUUAAAAAGAAGAAGAAAGAUAAAAACGACGAUGAUAACAGUAGCAACAUCGAUAACCGCUUCAAGCUCCGUAACGGAAGAGAGGUUUUUGAAGAGAAAGCGUAUCUGGUUGGUGUCGAGAGAAAAGGCGAAGUUAGUGAUUCAUUUGGUAUAGAAGAUUCUUUGAGUGAAUUGGAACAGUUAGCUGAUACUGCUGGAUUAUUGGUUGUUGCCUCUACAUACCAAAAGCUUGCUUCUCCAAACCCUAGGACGUACAUUGGCUCUGGUAAAGUUUCUGAAAUUAAGAGUGCAAUUAAUGCAUUGGACGUUGAAACUGUGAUAUUUGAUGAUGAGCUAUCAGCUGGGCAACUGCGCAACCUGGAAAAGGUUUUUGGUGGAGAUGUGAGAGUUUGCGAUCGAACUGCUCUAAUCCUUGAUAUAUUUAAUCAGCGAGCGGCAACACAUGAAGCAUCUUUACAGGUUGCAUUAGCACAAAUGGAAUACCAACUACCUCGUCUAACAAAAAUGUGGACUCAUCUUGAGCGUCAAUCAGGAGGGCAGGUGAAGGGAAUGGGUGAAAAACAAAUAGAAGUGGACAAGCGUAUUUUGCGUAACCAAAUCGGUGUUCUGAAAAAGGAGCUAGAAUCUGUUAGGAAGCACCGAAAGCAGUACCGUAACAGGCGUCUCUCAGUACCUGUGCCUGUAGUAUCCUUGGUUGGUUAUACGAAUGCUGGUAAGAGUACGCUUUUGAAUCAAUUAACUGGAGCAGAUGUUCUUGCCGAGGAUAAACUAUUUGCAACUUUAGAUCCAACUACAAGGAGAGUACAGAUGAAGAAUGGAAAGGAGUUUCUCCUAACAGACACUGUUGGUUUUAUUCAGAAGUUACCUACUACACUAGUUGCUGCCUUCAGAGCCACACUGGAGGAGAUAUCAGAGUCAUCACUUUUGGUGCAUGUGAUUGAUAUCAGUCACCCCCUGGCCGACCAACAGAUAAAUGCUGUGGACAAAGUUCUGUCAGAACUAGAUGUAUCAUCAAUCCCAACGCUGAUGGUCUGGAACAAGAUCGACAGGGCUAGUGAUCCCCAGAAAAUCAGGCUAGAAGCUGGAAAAAGAGAUGAUGUUGUAUGCAUAUCUGCCUUAAGUGGCGAUGGCAUACAAGAAUUCUGUAAUGCAGUUCAAGACAAACUAAAGGACUCCAUGGUAUGGGUGGAAGCUUUGUUACCAUUUGAAAAUGGGGACCUUCUCAGCACCAUACACCAAGUUGGAAUGGUUGAGAAAACUGAAUAUACCGAGCAAGGGACAUAUAUCAAGGCUCAUGUGCCCCUACGUUUUGCGAGGUUGCUCACACCGAUGAGGCAACUGUGUGUACCACGACCUUAACUUUCUUAAACAUGUAUAUAUGUUAUUUCAAUAUUAACUUUCAUACAUAUCUGUCAUUAGGUGGUGUAGAACCAUGAUUAAUAUAGUUUUGUAUCAGUAGUGUUUGAAGCCACUUGUGAGAUAUACAAUUAUAAUGACUUGCAGUAUAAUAGGUCUUAACUCAUGUAAAACUGUACAUAUUUGUAUGUAAUUAUUGAAGUUAGAUCAGUAAGCCCUUAAAAAUGGGGACCCUGUUGAAAGCCUUGAAGGAUGAUAGCAAUGCAAAGUGUGUUGUCAUA